GCACACAGGGAGCGGCAGCGGCAUGAGCGCAGCGUAGAGACACCGGCGGCGGAGGCGGCGGGAGCAGCGUCCCGUGCCCGCGCCCCCGCCCGACGCUGCCCCCUCCCCGAUGAGCUCCUACUUUGUCAAUCCGCUGUACUCCAAGUACAAGGCGGCGGCGGCGGCGGCAGCGGCGGAGCACAUCAAUUCCCCGUACUACGACUGUCACUUCGCGCCCGAGGUGAGCGGCCGCCACGCCGCCGCUGCCGCCGCUGCCGCCGCCCUUCUCUACGGGAACGGCGCAACCGCCGGCGGCUUUUCGCACCCCGCGCCCGGCGGGGCGGGGGGCGGCGGCGGCGCGGCCGCGGAGUUUUACCACCCGGCCGGGGGGAGCCCCACGGCCGCCUACCAGCCGCCUCCUCCUCCCCCCGCCGCGCCUCCGCCUCCUGCCCCCUGCAGUGGGGUUACCUGUCACGGGGAGUCCGCUAAAUUUUACGGAUACGAUAACUUACAGAGACAGCAGAUUUUUACGACACAGCAAGAGGCCGAGCUGGUACAAUAUCCUGACUGUAAAUCGUCCAGUGCUAAUAUUGGCGAGGAACCAGACCACUUAAAUCAGAGCUCGUCUCCUGCUCAAAUGUUUCCCUGGAUGAGACCACAAGCAGCACCGGGUAGGAGGAGAGGAAGACAAACAUACAGCCGAUUCCAGACUCUAGAGCUGGAAAAGGAGUUCCUCUUUAACCCCUAUCUGACCAGGAAGAGGAGGAUCGAGGUGUCCCACGCACUAGGACUCACGGAGAGGCAGGUAAAGAUCUGGUUUCAGAACAGGAGGAUGAAAUGGAAAAAAGAGAACAACAAGGACAAAUUCCCCGCUUCCAGACAGGAGGGAAAGGAAGGGGAGGCCAAAAAGGAAGCACAUGAUCUGGACGAAGACAGAGAUGAAGGGCAGACGAAUUCAGUUUUGACCUAAAAUCGUUUGUGAAAGGCUAUGAAAAAUAACCGGCGCCCAAACAUGACAUCUCGGCCCGUUUACGUGGUCCUGGCUUGGGACGAGUGACUCCAUGUCCCUCCGCUUGACACUUCUCUGCUUCUGGUGCUUCCGUUGCUUGUGGUUUUGUUUAGCUUUGGGUUUAACCAUAUCCGAAACAAUCUCUAGAUUUAACAGUUCAUCUUGUGCAAAUUUGAUAAAGAGUUUGUAGCAAUACAUUUCUAAUUAUAUAUAUAAAUAUAUUUUUCCCCCAAUCUUGAAAGACGGUGAUUGCAGAAAAAGACAUAAACUUCCUAAUAAUAAAUACCAAUAAGCAAGACAUUCAACAAUUCUUUAUUAAUCAAGACA